UUUCGGAUUCGAACUCGGGCUAGGGAUUCCGAGACAACCAAGCAAAAGCGCGCGACGAGAAGGGCUUCACGGCAGCACGGCACGGAGCCCAGGGGUCAGGGGAUACCCUCGCCAUGGAGCACCCGGCUGACGACUACGAUCGUGUGGAAUUCGUGGAAUCACUGGUGAAUUUAUCAAGGACCGCGGCUGGCCGCGCUCGGCUCAACGCCGACGGAGCCCUCGCGGCUGUCCUCUGCCGCCUCUCCUCCUCCACCGCGCCCGUCCUCAUCUCCCGCCUCCGCCUCGUCCGAAACCUCUGCGCCGACGAGACAGUUAACCAGGACGCCUUCGUCGAGUCGGGCGGCGUCGAUAGGUUGGCCUCCGUCUUUCUCACCGGCCUCCCCGUGUCGACUGAGGUAGUGCGAACGGUGUUUCAGGUGCUGGGCAAUGUCGCCUCGGCCGGCGAGGCGCACCGCGCCGCCGUCUGGGCCCGGUUCUUUCCCGUCUGGUUCCGCAAAAUUGCUGCGAUGUCCGACCCUGCGGUGUGCAAUAGCCUCUGCAUGGUCUUGGAUACGUGCUGUUCUGCCACGGGAGGGCGCCGGAGAUUGGGAGAGCUUUGUGAUGCCGGGCGAGGCUUGCCGAUCGUCUUGAACAUCGUCUACACCAUGUCCCGAGGUUGUCAUAAAGAGGAGUACUUCUAUUGGCUCUUAGGUAAAGCAUGUAUGGAGGGAACAUAUUUCACCAGAGUGUUUCAGGGAUUAAGUUCAACAAUUAUAUUGGAUGGUUCCGGUGGUGUUGACUGCACAUAUAAGAAAUUUUCUAAUGCGCAAGUGUUCCUACUUGAAACACUAUCAGACUACUUGACUGGCUGGCCUGGAUAUCUUGACAGCAUUUCCAAACAUUUUGCUCUAAGUGUUCUGCAAGUUUUGGAAGAAGCUUCUUCAGUUGUUGAUGCUAGGUCCCAAAGCCAUUCUGUUUCUCCCACUUGUUGGCUUGUAACUGAUAUUCUAAAGUACUCAUUUGUAAUUCUGAGGAAUAUAUGUUGCUGGAAGGUUCAUUCCUUGCCAGCUGCAGAGGACCCUGCUAACUCACUGCUAUCUGCAGGCCUCCUACAACUUCUUUUAAGAUUUCUUCGAGAACUGGAUCCCACAUAUAUUACUAAGAACUGGGCAAUACAGACAUCCACAUAUUUGAAAGUUUGUCCUUACGUAGGGUUUCAGACAGAUGUAGUUUCUGUCAUUUGCAAUUUCCUACAUGGAAGGAAGCAGGUUCAAGAUGAUAUCAGAAAGCAAGAUGGAAUCUCUUUGCUCUUGCGACGGUGUGUUAUUGAUGGAUGUUGGCCUUUAUUGAGAGAAUGGGCAACAUUGUCAGUGCGAUACUUGCUGGAUGGAAAUCUAGAAAACCAGUACAAAGUAGCUGAACUUGAGCAGAAGGAACCAGUUAUUACACCUGAAAUUUCUCGAAUGGGACUAAGAGUGGAAGUUGACCAGGAAAGUAAACGUCAAAAGAUUGUAAAUGCUUCAUCAGAUUACAUAGAGCUUCUUACUCUAAUGCUGAUUUAAGGUCCUAAGGGACCAUAGGAGGUUUCAGAGAGGCUGACCUUUGCGGAUGGACACGCAAGGGUGCCACACGACUUAGGCAAAACUAGCUAAGUGCGUGACAGUGCGGCAACAUCUCCUCACCCUACAGUCGAUUGAUGGGACUCCUUUCGGCGUCGCCACGACGAUCUCUCCUCGAUCUCGGUCUUCUUUCUUUACCUUGGAUUUAAUCCCCUUCUUCUUCUUGCAACUAAUAUUCUCCGUCGCUGUGAUUUGGGUUGGGAAUUUGACGAUGGGACUCUGCUUGCACCAAUGUUCCCUGUGUCUGUGUCUGUAGGUUGGAAGACUGAUCUUUUCGCUUUCACCCGAUACAGCCUUGUAUCGAGUUCAAAACUUUGGUACCGCCUAGUAACGGGCAAUUUGCAUGUCGAGAAGCUCUUAGACCGGUAUGUACCACCCUUAUUGAGCGGUACACAUUGAAAUUAAAAACCUACGUGUUGACAAAAUAAUAACAUGAGUAAUACUUUUAUCUUUUUAAUAUGUUUUCGAAGUACUUUUGAAUAUUAAUAUGCCUCUGGCCUAGAAAGUCAAGGAAAUUGAAUGCUUAGUUCUGAGAAUUAUAUGAAACAUUCAAUAUGCUAACUAAAAAAUGACAAAGUGAACUUUCUUGAAUUUGUUAUGUUGGUUUUUACCUACACUAUUCUUUUAGUUUCUAUGAGAAAUCCAGCACUUUGAUUUAAUCCUACAUCAGAAAUGGACAAAGAUUUAGAUUGACUUUAAAAGUCUAAUACAUAUACUAGUAUUAACUUGUGUUUAACAUCUUGGACCAAUAUAUUAGGUUUAAUCAAAUUAUGAAUUAGUUAUCCUAUUGGGUCGGGUCAUGGAUCAAUUUGCCCAUUGGUUGGGUCAUGACAAGAAGUCAUCUAGCUUAGCUAUUUGACAAUUAUGACUUGUAAUUUCAAAAAUUGUAAUUUCUUUGUAUGUGCUAUGCUUGUACUCUCAGCAUUAUUUGACCUCCUAGCUGCAUGAACUUUGCAACUGCUUUUAGACCUUUUUUAUUUGAUGUGUUCAGUGACAUGAGAAGGUAGAAACUCAAGUUGUGGUUGUAACUUGGGAAAGGAAAUGUUGAUAAAAGAAUAUUUUAAAGCUACUGUUCAAAUUUUCUUUUUUUGAAGGAUGGGAUAAUUACCCUAUCAAUUUUUUUAAAAAAGAAUGAGAUGGAGGUAGAAACAAGAAAGAAAGUGAAAAUAAGGGAACUAAAAGAGAGAGAGAGAAAGAAAAAAGAGAUGAAACAACAAAACUCCAACAAAAUAGAGAACCCUACAACAGCAGGCAACCAUCUCUGGAACCCAAAGCCAAGCAUCUUUACCAGUAGCUUAAACCCAUGUCUUUCAGCUUGGCUGGCCUUGAACAUUUCCUCAGAAGCACCUGUUGACUUUCAUGGGUAACACCCACGUUAUGUCAAAGAUAAAGAAUCCCAGCCAACAAGAGAACACAUUAAAUAGAAGCUUUUCUCUAGGUUGUCUGUUGUUCAACCAGUGAGAACAUAGGAGGUGCACUGGUACAGAUUUUAAAGAAACUCCAAACCCUCAUCUGCCACUUCACCCCUUAUUAACAGAUGGUCACAUGAUUUCAUUUCACUAUUGCACAUGAUACAUCUAUCAUCAGUAAUCCAAACUUUUCUUUUGAGAAAUUGUCUUGUAAUUCACUAAGACCAACUGGAGACAGAUCUGUACUUUAUUUGCUGCAAGACCUUCCAAAUAAUUUUUCCAGUAACCAUUUCUUAUUUACUGUGGAUGAACAUCCUAUAGAACAAUGGUACAUUAAAACACCUACUUCCAGCAUUCUCCUAUUUUAGCAAUCAACAUGCUUUUUGAUGUCACAUGAAUCUAACGUGCCUGCCAGGUUCUGAUACUGCAAUAAACAAAGUACUGACAUACCCAUUCAACAUACAGAAGAAACAAAUUCCUCCUUUGUGCCACAUAAAAAAAAGUCUCAGUCUAAGGUUCUAUUUAGAGUCCAACAGGUGAUCCCAAGUUUGAAACCAUGGAAACAGCCUAAAACCUUCCAAACUGUGGAGAAAUCUUGCAAAUUCUUGUAGAGUAGUAAUGUCACUCUCCACCACUAAACAGAUGACAGCAUCAGGUAGUCGUGCAAGAUAAACAAUUCUGGUAAGUAGAAGACGAUGACCUUCCUGCUUUCAGUUUAGGCAUGAUACACUAAUCGGACUUGGGACCCUCCAGAAUAGGUUCUAUUUUCUGUCCAAAAAAAUAUUUUCUACAUUUUUUCCAGCUUUUUAAGUAACAAGGAGCUUCGAAAAUCUUGAAAUAAUGGUCAGGCAAAUGGCUUUUCUAAAUGACGAGAUGGCUUUUCUGAGUCUGCAGACAAACUAGUGUUGAUGUUUAGAAGCAUCUAACUAGCUUUUUGACCAUUGAAGAGUUUGCUCGGGAUGUCCUUGCCUUUUGCAGGUGGAUGUCAUGUGGAUAUUGGGCACUUUGAUGAUUGUGCCAGUGGAUAAAUGUCUUGUUUAAAUGGAUGUCCUACUUGUUUGCCUCAGUACAUGUACGGUAUGUGCAGCAGACCAUAUCAAUCCUUGAACGUCUAAUAUGUUCGGUGUUUUUCAUAGAAACCGCUUUGUAGCUCACAAAUCUUUGCACUUAAAUUAUUAUUUUUACCCUCCCUCUGCACAUCGUAUGUUUUUUUUUUCUUCAUUUAUCCUGGAAGGGAGGACGGAUGCUGGUUUUCUACUCUUUGUAUUUCCGGAACAUGUAUUUGAUUCUCGUUAAGUAAUACUUGUUCGGUGUUA